AUGGAGACCGGCAACAGAGUUUCUGACGCCUUCACUGCUUUGCAAAAGGAAGACGCAAACCUGCGGCGGGUCAGCAAGGAGGUGGAAGAUGCACGGAAGCGAGAGGAACAAGAGAAGCUGGACUCCCUGGCGAUGCAGCACUUUUUGCCCGACAUCAAGUCUAUUGUCAACGAGGCAGAAGACGAAGUGGAGAAGGCCUUGAUCACCCACGAGAUGAUUGCCAACGCUGAGGAGGACUCCAAACUGCAUGCUGUGGAGAUGACCGAGGCCGCUUGUGCGAGAGCUCAGCAGGCACUGGACGGCGUCAGGGCCUCCUUGAAGGCUAAGCGCAGCGAGCUGCCGCAGCUGGACAGUAGCGCUCCUCGUGGAGAACUGGAACUCCAGAGAUUGGAGAAACAUUUGCAAGCAGCGCAGCUGAAACUGAAGCCAUUGAAGGCAGCACGAAAUGAAUGGAACAUGCAGAGGCGCAGCAAGAAGAUGAUCGAAGAGGUGGAGGAGAAAAUCAUCCUGGCCGAAGUGGAGCUGGAUCGCUUGGACGCGUUGUUGAAGACGGAGGGCCCGCUCAACGAGGUGUUGUUCGCGGAGAUGCAUGCCGCGUUGAAGUCUAGCGCCGACGCACAGGAGGUGAUGGCCAGUCACGUGAAUGCGCCCAAGGUGCAGAAUUGCCCGUGGGCUCGGCGGAAGAUUGAACUCUUGGAGCCUCGGGUGGAAGACGCACAAUCGCGGCACAUCACGGCAGAAGGAGCCUUGCAAAACCUGGAAGAUCGCUUUGCAACAGAUGCAAUGUUCGAAGAAGCCAAGGGCAAGUUUCAAGUGAUCAAUGACGGAUUGCGGCAGAUGCAGGACUUACUGCGUGAAGCGGACAGCGCAGAAGACAUCUUAUUGGUCGUGAAGGCUGGGGAAGAGCAAAAGGUGAAGCUUCAGCAGGCCUUGUCCGGAACCAAAGUCUUCGUUUCGACCAAGGCGGUGACCGUGAAACGACACUUGGCUGAUGGAUUUCUAGCUUGA